AUGGGUGGCGUUUUGGGUUUAGUGCAGGUUGAUCAGUCAACUGUUGCUAUCAAAGAAACUUUUGGGAAGUUUAAUGAGGUCCUGGAGCCUGGUUGCCACUUCUUGCCUUGGUGCAUAGGGCAACGGAUUGUUGGUUACCUCUCACUGCGUGUGAAACAGCUAGACGUCCGAUGUGAAACCAAAACAAAGGAUAAUGUCUUUGUGACUGUUGUUGCUUCUGUCCAAUACCGUGCCCUUGUUGAUAAGGCAUCUGAUGCCUUCUACAAACUGAGCAACACAAAGCAACAAAUCCAGUCGUACGUCUUUGAUGUUAUUAGAGCCACUGUCCCAAAGCUGGAGCUGGACGAUGCAUUUGUGCAGAAAGAUGACAUUGCAAAAGCUGUUGAAGAGGAGCUUGAAAAGGCAAUGUCUAUGUAUGGGUAUGAGAUUGUGCAAACUCUGAUAGUUGACAUUGAGCCUGAUGUGCAUGUCAAGAGGGCAAUGAAUGAGAUCAAUGCAGGCAAGUCUAAUGCUCAUUUGCUUUCAAUCCACAUACAUCAGAUUAAACUGGCAGCAAAACAUAUACUAGAUGAUUUGAUGCGUGCUUCUAGGAUGAGGUCGGCAGCCAACGACAAAGCAGAGGCUGAAAAGAUUCUCCAGAUUAAACGAGCAGAGGGAGAAGCCGAGUCAAAGUACUUGGCUGGUGUGGGCAUUGCAAGGCAGCGUCAGGCUAUCGUGGAUGGUCUGAGAGACAGCGUCCUCGCCUUCUCUGAGAACGUCCCUGGCACCACUGCAAAGGACAUCAUGGACAUGGUUCUGGUUACCCAGUACUUCGACACCAUGAAAGAGAUUGGGGCCUCGUCCAAGUCUUCUUCGGUGUUCAUCCCCCAUGGUCCUGGGGCCGUCAAGGAUGUGGCAUCGCAGAUCAGAGAUGGGCUCCUUCAGGCCAACACUCUCUAA